GUACGGGCCACGCAGCUGCUGCAGCAGGCGGAGGUGGUGGUCUUCGAUGACCUGGGUGCUGCAGCAGCUGUGGAGCAAUAUGCGCCACCGGCUGCGCAGCGCGUGUUUGUGGGCAAGCGCGGCGGCAGGCCCUCCAUCAGGCAGGCCGAAAUAGAUGCCAUCAUCGUGCAGCACGCGACAGCUGGCAGGAUGGUGGUGCGGCUCAAGGGCGGCUGCCCCAGCGUGUUUAGCAGGGUGCACUCCGAGAUGGCAGCACUGCAGGCAGCCGGAGUGGAGUAUGAGGUCUGCCCGGGCGUCUCCUCGGCGCUGGCGGCGCCCCUCGCAGCCGGCUUCCCGCUGACCCACCCUCAGCUCAGCCGGGCGUUUGCAGUCACCUCUGCCCACGACCCUGCCUCCCUAGACUGGCAAGCACUGGCGGCGAUAGACACGCUGGUCCUCCUCAUGGGUGGCAGCAGCCUGGCGUUGGUGGUGGAGCAGCUGCAGCGGCACGGGCGGGCGGCUGAGACGCCGGUGGCGGUGGUGCGAGAGGCUGCGCUGCCCACGCAGGCGGCCUGGCGAGGCACGCUGGGCAGCAUUGUGAGCCAGACGGCGGGCGAGACGCUGUCGCCUUGCAUCAUUAUCGUGGGUCAUGUUGCGUCGCUGCCUAUGCCAUCCCUGUGA